CCUACAGCUCUGUUAGGGGAGGUGAAAAUGCGGAAGUUUCCACCCAGAAAACCGCUGCCACCAGAGGGGAUGAGGCUCGUGCUGACAUCUGCUCUCGGGAGAGAGCAGAAGUUGCAACUCCACGGGGUUACCGCCGCCGCUGCCGCAAAACUGGAAUAAACUUCCAUGGCUACCCUGCCGGUUGCGGACAGGAGAGCGUUCGCUCUCAAAAUCAACAGACACUCCUCUGCAGAAAUCCGCCGGCACUUCAGCGGGAACUUUGGGUCACCUCAUGGCACUUACCAUCAGCGUCACAGCUCCAACAACUCUGGAUCCUUCUGCUUUCAGAUACCUCAGUCCUACGACGCGGUGGAGCCUCUGGACCUGGAGGACUUCCUGAUGACGCAGCUGCAGAGCGGAGACUCGGAGCUCAUGCAGGAGCUCGGCGAUUUCCCCGACGACAGGCUGGAGGUGGAGCUGGCAGAGAGAGAAUGCAGGACCGUGCACCACUCUGUCCCAGAGGAAGGGGUGGAGCUGGACCCCCACGUGAGAGACUGCGUUCAGAGCUACACUCAGCCCUGGCUGGUUGUCAGCAGGAGGUGUCAGGGCGAUGGGUGGAACGCGUAUUCAGAGAGGUCGGGCCUGCACAAGCUCCUGCAGAAGCAGACGUUCGAGUCCGACGUCCAGCCUGAGAAACAGGAACCCCCGGUUAAGUCCCCCUCGCUGGCAGUGCUGUGUGAUGACUCCACCCGCACGUUGACGUCCUCGGACUUCGACCUGCGGGGCCUGCAGCCGGAUCCCCGAGUGGAGGGCCUGCUGCGCUUCAGUAACCCUGACGACCUGGACCGCUUCAACCAGGAGGCCCGGCAGUCCAGCCGCCACCCCGAGCUGUUCGCCCUCUUCCCCCCUGCUGAUGAGGAGGACACAGUGGAAAUACGUCCCAUCCCCGACUGCCCCAAGGAGCACAUCGGGCACCGAAUUCUCGUCCGGUGCCAAGUCAUCAAGUUUGAGAUUGAGGUAGAGCCCUUGUUUGCCACCUUGGCCCUCUACGAUCUGAAGGAGAAGAAAAAGAUUUCAGAGAACUUCUACUGUGACCUGAACUCGGACCAGCUGAAGGGGUUCCUGAAACCCCACACGCCCCAAAUUGACCACUCCUCUUUGGCCAGGUCGGCCAUUUUCUCCAUCACCUACCCCUCCCCCGACAUCUACCUGGUCAUCAAGAUUGAGAAGGUGCUUCAGCAGGGGGAGAUCAGUGACUGUGCCGACCCUUACAUGGUGAUGAAAGAGAGCGACACUGCAAAGAAUAAAGACAAGCUGGAGAAGCUCAGGAACCAGGCGGAGAUCUUCUGUCACCGGCUGGGGCGGUAUCGGAUGCCCUUCGCUUGGGCCACCGUCAAUAUCAUGAACGUCAUCAGCACGGCCACACUGGACAGAGACAUGCCUGACUCUGAGAGUGUGAAUGGUAAAAGCAGCAUGGAUAGGCGGACCCAGCUGCCACGGAGAAACUCAGAGCGCUUCACCUCAUUGGAGGACCAAUAUAAUCUGUCCGGCUUCAAACCUGCCACCAUCACCAUCAGCACUUUCUGCAAACAGGAGGGGGACCGUCUGAGUGAUGAGGACCUGUUCAAGUUUCUGGCCGACAUUAAGAGAUACUCGUCUCUGCAAAGAAGAAUAAAGACCAUAACAGGUACCAUUAAGCUGGAUGUGACGCCGGCACCAGACACCGUGGCAGCCUGCCUGUCCUCUGAGCUGAUCCCAGUGAAACCGGUCGCUGAGAAGAACCUUCGGCCCAUCAAGGAGGUGCUGGAGUUCCCCUCGCGAGAGGUCUACGUCCCCCACAACAUAUACAGGAACCUUCUCUACGUUUAUCCGCAAAGGCUGAACUUUGUGAACAGGCUCACGUCAGCCAGGAAUAUUACCAUAAAAAUCCAGUUCAUGAGUGGGGAGGACCCCAGCUGUGCCCUGCCGGUCAUUUUUGGAAAAUCGAGUGGUCCUGAAUUUGUCCAAGAAGUGUACACGCCAGUCACAUAUCACAACAAGUCUCCGGACUUCUAUGAGGAGGUGAAACUUCAGCUCCCGGCCAAGCUGACGGAGAAACACCACCUGCUCUUCACUUUCUACCACAUCAGCUGCCAGCAGAAACAGAACCAGGCUGUGGAGAGUCUCAUCGGGUAUUCUUGGCUACCCAUGGUGAAUAAUGACCAGCUGCAGACAGGACAGUACUGCCUCCCUAUUGCCCUGGACAAGCUCCCAGUCAACUACUCUCUGCAUUCUCCAGAGAAACUGCCAACUCAGGUUCCCCCAGUAAAGUGGAUGGAGGGUCACAAGGGCGUGUUCAACCUGGAGGUGCAAGCUGUGUCCUCCAUUCACCCUCAGGACAACCACCUGGAGCGCUUCUUCACCCUGUGCCACGCCCUGGAGGGAAAGAUGAGCUUCCCGAUCCGGGUUCGAGAUGACAAGAUCCCUGAGAACAAGCUGGAACACGAGCUGAAGCUGAGCAUCAUCUCCCUGUCCUCAUCCCGCCUGGAGCCCCUGGUCCUCUUCCUGCACCAGGUCCUGGACAAACUCUUCAGACUCAUCCUCCAGCCCAUGAUCAUCGCCGGACAGACAGCCAACCUGGCCCAGAUUGCAUUUGAAUCUGUGGUGUCAAUAGUCAACAGCCUCCACAAUAGCCAGGAGCUAGCCAAAGAUCAGCAAGGAAGAAACUGUCUCCUAGCAACAUACCUUUACUUUGUGUUCCGACUGCCAGACAUUCAGCGUGAGAUAAUGAACACGGGUUCGGGUGCGGCCACGCUCCCCUCGGACAUGCGCUAUAACACAAUGGGCCGGGCGACUGCCGCCUCUGUGGGCAGCAGGCUCCUGAUGUCCCGUGUGCGGAGCAGCAGCAACCCCGACAUCCCCGGACCACAGACUGCAGACGACGCCGAGGUUAACAACAUCCUUUCCAACAAGGCCUUCAAUAAUCCCGGCAAUCGCAUGUCCACUUUUGCUGAUGUAGCCAACUACUUCCAAUCCAAUUCCUCAGGCAUGAGACCUGCAAAUAAGAAGCAGUUCCAUGAGGAGUUGGCCCUGCAGAUGGUGGUCAGCACUGGUGUGUGCCGAGAGAAUGCCUACAAAUAUGCCUGGUUCUUCUUUGAGCUCCUGGUGAAGAGCAUGGCUCAGUACGUGUCCCUCCUGGAGAAGCAAGAUGUCCCUCGCAGAGGCCGAUUCUCAGACAGGUUCAAAGAUGACAUCACCACCAUUGUCAGCGUAGUGACUGCUGAGAUUGGCACCAUCCUGGUCAAACAGCAAAAGGAAGUGGACCAGGCAGAAAAGGUCAACAUCAGUCUGGCCUUCUUCCUGUACGACCUCCUGUCACUCAUGGACCGUGGUUUCGUUUUCCAGCUGGUGAAGAACUACUGCAAUCAGAUGUCGGCGAAGAGCGUGUCGAUGCCCACCCUGAUCACCAUGCGUCUGGAGUUCCUGCGGAUCCUGUGCAGCCACGAGCAUUACCUCAACCUCAGCCUCUUCUUCUCCAACCCCGCCUCCGCCCCUGCCUCCCCCUGCCCCUCACUCUCCUCGCAGAACUCCAGCUCCUGCUCCAGUUUCCAGGACCAGAAGAUCGCCAGCAUGUUUGACCUGUCUCCGGAGUACAAGCAGCAGCACUACCUGACCGGCCUGCUCCUGACUGAGCUCAGCGCUGCGCUGGACAUGGAGUCCGAAGGGGGGAAGGUGCAGAGGAAGGCCAUCAAUGCCAUCCACAGCCUGCUCUGCGCUCACGACCUGGACCACCGCUGCACCCGUCCCGAAGUCAGGUCAAAGAUCGCUGCUCUCUACCUCCCCCUGGUGGGCAUCAUCAUCGAUUCCCUCAACCACAUUGACUUCACAGUGGCGGAGUCCCGCGGCGGGAAGGGGAAGACAGGCGGCCCUGAGGACGAGACCGACGCCGUCAAUCCCAUCAAUCAGUCUGUCGCCAUGGCGAUCGCAGGCAACCCCUUUAACACCCUGGCGAGAAAUGCCCUGGUCUCCAUGGCGUCUAUGUCUGGGAAGUCCUGUGGCACCCUUUCAGCGGAGACCAGCCGGAACCUGUUGGCCUGCUUCCUGUGGGUCAUGAAGAACGCUGAUCAGACCCUGAUCCAGAAGUGGACCACAGACAUGCCGUCCUCCCAGCUGACCCGGCUGCUGGAGCUGCUGUCCAUCUGUGUGUCCUGCUUCGAGUACCGGGGGAAGCAGAGCUCAGACAAGGUGAGCACGCAGGCCCUGCAGAAGUCCCAGCAGGCAAAGGCUCGCCUGGAGGAGGCGCUGUUGGGCGGGAUGGGUGCCCGUGGCGAGAUGAUGAAGAGGGUGGGAGGAAACGACCGGACAGUGGGACAGCGGGAGAACCUACGAUGGAGGAAGGACCUCACACAGUGGCGUCAGACUAACGACAGACAGGACAAAACAAAGGCGGAGCUUGACCAGGAAGCGCUCAUAAGUGGGAAUCUGGCCACUGAGUCAAACCUCAUCAUCCUGGACAUGCUGGAGAUUAUCAUCCAGGGCGUGUCCCUGUCCGACUGUAAGGACAGCGUUCUUGGCGGGGUCCUGCGGGUGCUGCUGCACUGUCUCUCCUGUAACCAGAGCACCACCUUCCUCUCACACUGCUUCAGCACCCUGCGAGCGCUCAUCGUCAAGUUUGGGGACCUGCUGUUUGAGGAGGAGGCAGAGCAGUGUGCAGACCUGUGUCAGAAGGUGCUCCAGCACUGCAGCAGCUGCAUGGACAACAACAGGAGCCAGGCCUGCGCUACACUCUACCUCAUCAUGAGAUACAGCUACAGCUCUGCUAGUAAUUUCUCCCGGGUGAAGAUGCAGGUGACCAUGUCUCUGGCCUCUCUGGUGGGCAAAUCCUCCGACUUCCACGAGGAGUACCUCCGUCGGUCUCUCCGCACUAUUUUAGCUUAUGCAGAGGAAGACACUGAAAUGCAGCCGACUCAGCUGCCCCCUCAGGUGGAUGAGCUGCUCAGGAACCUGAACAGUAUCCUGUCAGACACAGUGAAGAUGAGAGAGUUCCAGGAGGAUCCAGAGAUGCUGAUGGACCUCAUGUACAGAAUAGCGAAGGGGUACCAGACGUCCCCAGACCUGCGGCUGACCUGGCUCCAAAACAUGGCGGAAAAGCACAACACCAGGAAGUGCUUCACUGAGGCGGCCAUGUGCCUGGUGCACGCUGCCGCCCUGGUGGCUGAGUAUCUGAGCAUGCUGGAAGACCACAGUUACCUGCCAGUGGGCAGUGUCACCUUCCAAAACAUUUCCUCUAACGUGCUGGAGGAAUCGGCUGUGUCGGACGACAUCCUGUCCCCAGAUGAGGACGGCGUCUGCUCGGGGCGCUACUUCACGGAAAACGGGCUGGUGGGGCUACUGGAGCAGGCAGCCGAGCUCUUUAGCCACGGAGGACUGUAUGAAACGGUGAAUGAGGUUUACAAAAUCAUCAUCCCCAUUCUGGAGGCCCACAGAGACUUCCGGAAGCUGGCAUCCACCCACGACAAGCUGCAGAGAGCCUUUGAUAGCAUCAAUCAGAAGGGGCACAAGAGAAUGUUUGGAACCUACUUCCGAGUUGGCUUCUAUGGUGCCAAAUUUGGAGACCUCGAUGAGCGAGAAUUUAUCUACAAAGAGCCUGGCAUUACCCACCUUCCCGAAAUCUCUCACAGGCUAGAGUCGUUUUACAGCCAGUGUUUUGGGGAAGACGCUCUGGAGAUUAUCAAAGACUCAACACCUGUGGACAGGAGCAAGCUCAAUCCCAACAAGGCCUACAUCCAGAUCACCUUCGUGGAGCCCUACUUCGACGACUAUGAGAUGAAGGACCGGCUGACCAACUUCGAGAAGAACUUCAACCUGCGUCGGUUCAUGUACACCACGCCCUUCACCAAGAGCGGGCGCCCACGCGGGGAGCUCAAUGAGCAGUACAAGAGAAAGACCAUCCUGACCACCAUGCACGCCUUCCCCUACAUCAAAACGCGCAUCAACGUCAUCCAGAAGGAGGAGUUUGACCUCACGCCCAUCGAGGUGGCCAUCGAGGACAUGCAGAAGAAGACGCGCGAGCUGGCGGUGGCCACCCACAGGGAGCAGCCCGACGCCAAGAUGCUGCAGAUGGUGCUGCAGGGGUCUGUGGGAGCCACUGUCAAUCAGGGACCCCUGGAGGUAGCCCAGGUCUUCCUGAACGAAAUCCCAGCAGACCCCAGACUCUUCCGUCACCACAACAAACUGCGACUCUGCUUCAAAGAGUUCAUCAUGAGGUGUGGGGAGGCUGUAGAGAAGAACAAGCACCUCAUUGCCGCAGACCAGAAAGAAUAUCAGCAGGAGCUGAAGAAGAACUACAACAAGCUGAGGGAGAACCUGAGGCCCAUGCUGGAGAGAAAGAUCCCGGACCUGUACAAACCCAUCAUCAAGCCCCGCAUUGAGAGCAGGGAUUCCUUCAAACGGCUCAGCUUCCGAAGGACCGUGGAUGAAAAUUCAUGAGGCGCCACGAUACAGAUGCAGGCUUUUUCACUGCAAGGACAUCACAGCAGGAGAAGAGAGAGAGAGAGAGAGAAGAGAAGAUAGAAGAGAAAGGGGGACAAGCGAGGAGAGAGCCAGUCCCUUAGUGGCCAAAGGUCGCAGACAGCCAGCCUGAAGCUCACCCUGUGCUCUGCGAUCCACACUAGAGUUCAUGCUUCUGCUAUACCGUGGAAACUCCAUAAUACUCUGUAAUAAUACUCCACAAUAAUUUACAUUAACAGUCUAGUUGCAUUCCAACCAUCACGGAUACAUUGCAGAAGAGAUUUACAUUAGAAAUAAAAAGGUUUUGUGGUUUGUAGAGCUGGGCCACAAAAGGGCCCAGAUUCUCAAAGUCAUUUUAGAACAGUUGUUAGCAUGUAAACAGAAACUUAAAGAAUGGUUAUUUGUGUCCCAUGUGGCACUCACUUUAGCAAUGUUAUUUGAAAAUUUAGAGCUUGUGAGUUUUUUAUAUUUAUGUACACAGUUGGAUGGAUACUGUAUAUAAUGAUUAAGUUGACAAACCUUAAGGAGAAGAUGUCCCUGUGCUCCAUUUUGGAAUUGUGUUUUACACUUGCCAGGUAUACAGUUAUACCCAUGAGAGGCAAAUAAUUUUAACUGUCUGUGCUGCUCUGGCAACUGAUGAUCACAGCAGGAAUACAGUGUGAACUGGGUGCAAACAUGCUGCCCUCUUUAUCAUACACCUUUGACAUAUGGAAUGCAAAACACAAUAUUAAGUAAUUACAUCUCUACUCAGUGUACUUGGUUGCUACAAUCUCAUUUACACGUAAACAACACAUGCAGUAACUGAGAGAUUUCCAAUAAUACGCCAAUAUUUCAGACUCGCUCUGUAUUUCAGAGUACUUAAGUAAAACAUUGUGGUUGGUUGCAAUAUCUAAUAUUCUUUCAUCAAAUAUGAUUAGGUGUAUGGAUUUGUAAUAGAGUAUUAUUUAUUUUGAGUGAUUUGUUUCACGUAAGUCUGGUUUACUUUUUACAGGAAAAGCUGCAUAGAAAUGAGAAAUUAAUACGGUACAUUCCUUCACCCUCAUUCACUUUGAUUUCUUGUCCAACAAAGCAUGGCUUAUCGUACGAAACCCUAAAGCUCAAAAAUGGGCCAGCCCUCAAAACGUCCAAACAUUUCUGUAUUUAACUCAGCCGUAUUCAAUCGGAAAUGUUCUUGGAUUUCUGUGCCAAGCAGUAUUCCAUAUGGUCCUGUUUCCACUUUAAUUCCAGUUCAGUGUCCUCUGUUCGAGGUUUUCAGAGAUUCAUUGGAGAAGACAGGCCUUGUUGGAUAUGGAAACUUUGAGUCUGAGGAGAAUAAUGGUUUACAGAACAUCCCACAUGUAUUUUACACUUUUUUUAUUUUAGCUUUGUCCAUUUACAGAAAAUAAUGACAUUUCAAAUAACAGGCUGCAAACACUGUUUAUACUGGUCAUUCUUUCAGAAUUAAGGAUGAGGUAUGACUGAAAUUGCUUAAAGCAAAGCAUAGACAAUACAGCAAUAUAUUAUUAAUAUUCAAGGAGCCCUUUUAUAAUUUUAAGUGCCAAAUUCAAAAUGCAUUGAA